AUUCACAUUUUCCAUACUUCCUUGCUAUUAAUUUGCGUUCACAUACAUUCUCAGUUAUACUAGUUUGACACUUCCAUGGAGUCCCAAGACCCCCAAAUCCCACAACCCCAUAACCAUGCCCUCCAAACCCCACCUACUGAAACCACUCACCACUCACCCUUGUUCGGUUGUGCUGCUAACUUUGCUUACAAAAUGAAAGCCAACUUGGGUUUUCGGUCCAAAUGGGCUGAAUUGAAUGGAGCAAUGGGGGACUUAGGCACAUACAUACCAAUAGUGCUGGCCUUGACACUAGCAGAUGACCUUAACUUAGGGACAACAUUAAUAUUCACUGGGGUCUACAACAUUAUCACUGGUGCCAUCUAUGGUGUUCCUAUGCCAGUCCAGCCCAUGAAAGCCAUAGCUGCAGUGGCCAUAUCCGGUACCGGUUUUGGCGUCCCGGAGAUCAUGGCUGCCGGGAUUAUAACCGGUGGAGUAUUGUUUGUAUUGGGUGUCACAGGUUUGAUGCAACUAGUGUAUAAGCUAAUUCCUCUUUCUAUUGUUAGAGGAAUUCAGCUAGCACAAGGCUUGUCAUUUGCACUCACAGCUGUUAAAUACGUUAGAAAAGUUCAGAAUUUUUCUAAUUCUAAGUCUAUGGCGGAUAGGCCUUGGCUUGGAUUGGAUGGCUUGGUUUUAGCUAUUGUUUGUGCUUGCUUUAUUGUUAUUGUCAAUGGUGCAGGCGAGGAAAUGGAACACACAGAUGAAAGAGAAACCACCAACGGUCAUGAUGAAGAAGAAAGUCCUAAUACAAGAAAAAGAAGAAAUUUGAGGAAUUUUAUUUUCUCACUUCCUUCAGCUUUUUUUAUAUUUUUGUUGGGUGUGGUUUUGGCUUUUAUAAGAAAUCCAAAAGUUGUGAACGACAUCAAAUUUGGACCGUCAUCUAUAGAAGUAGUGAAAAUAUCAAAGCAUGCGUGGAAGGAAGGUUUUAUUAAGGGAGCAAUUCCUCAACUUCCCUUAUCAAUAUUGAAUUCUGUGGUUGCUGUGUGCAAAUUGUCCUCUGAUCUUUUUCCAGGAAGAGAUUUUUCAGCCACAUCGCUUUCAGUCACUGUGGGGUUAAUGAAUGUGAUAGGGUGUUGGUUUGGAGCUAUGCCAAGUUGCCAUGGUGCUGGUGGGUUAGCUGGACAGUACAAGUUUGGAGGCAGAAGUGGUGGGUGUGUUGCAAUUCUUGGUACAGCUAAAUUGAUAUUAGGUUUGGUAUUAGGUACUUCUUUGGUGAAGAUUUUGGACCAAUUUCCUGUUGGGGUACUUGGGGUUUUGCUCUUGUUUGCUGGGAUUGAGCUAGCUAUGGCUUCAAGGGACAUGAAUACCAAAGAGGAAUCGUUUGUGAUGCUUACUUGCACAGCAGUUUCACUAGUGGGUUCAAGUGCUGCACUUGGUUUUGUGUGUGCGAUUGUUGCUCAUUUGCUUCUAAGGUUAAGAAAUUUUAGCAAGGAUCAACCUAGUUAUACGAUAUGGAUGCAUGCCCCAUAGUGCCAAGUUUCCAUUUAAUUUUUAGUAUAUGAUCACUUUUUCUUAGUGUAACCGCGUAAAAGUAUAUGGUUGUAUUUUGUUUUUGAGGGUAUUUUCUAGAGUUUGCCUACGGUUUGGAAUUUGAACCAUUAUUAUUGUGUCUUCCACCUUUUUUUUGUCUUUUGAUGGGGGACUACAACUCUAUAGUUGAUUAGAGGGCUACUCACUUCACUUCAAUAUGGUGAGUGACUGAGUUCCUUAAUUUGUUGCUUGUUUCUUCCAUGCCUACAAUGUAAUUAUGUAAAUAUUGGCUCGCAAUGAUGAUAUAAAUAAAAAUAGUAGCCACACUUUUGUAA